CGUGGGGGCGCGAGUGGGAGGGGGGGAUAUCAGCUGGAAGAACAAAAACAAAAGCAGAAGCUCAUUGAAAUAAAAAGGCUGUGGGGCUUCGGUCGGAAAGAAACUUUGACCGCAGACACAGACUGCUCGCAGCAACGGAGAGCAUCGGAGGUGCGGCCCAACUGCCGGGCAGCAGCAGCAGCAGCGCGGACUCGAGACCGGCGUGUCGUGUGUCCCUCCGCUCCGGGCGAAGGAUGGACACGGAGACGCAGCCUGGGUCGUGACUCACUGAGCGACUGACGGCGCCGACUUUCUCUGUCUCGUUACACUCAACUUCCAGAGCCGCCAGGCUUCCUUCUCACUGCUCUCCUCGGAUCCGCCCUCUCCUCUUGCCCAGCAGUCGGGCAGCGGGAGCCUGGAGCCACAGACAGUCCGCAGUGGCAUGUGGGUCAAUCCUGCAGCGGUCGGAAGGGCUCUCUCCAUGGAUAUAGACACAGACUAUGAGCGCCCUAAUGUGGAGACCAUAAAGUGUGUCGUGGUGGGGGACAAUGCGGCAGGAAAAACCCGACUGAUCUGCGCCCGUGCCUGCAAUGCCACCCUCUCACAGUACCAGCUGCUGGCCACCCACGUGCCCACGGUCUGGGCUAUCGACCAGUACCGUGUUUGCCAGGAGGUCCUGGAGAGGUCACGGGAUGUGGUGGAUGAGGUCAGCGUCUCCCUACGACUGUGGGACACCUUUGGGGAUCACCACAAAGACCGCCGGUUCGCAUACGGAAGGUCUGAUGUUGUUGUGCUGUGUUUCUCACUGGCCAACCCAAACUCCCUGCACCACGUUCGUACCAUGUGGUUCCCAGAGAUCAAACAUUUCUGCCCCCGAACCCCCAUCAUCCUGGUGGGCUGCCAGCUGGACCUCCGAUAUGCCGACCUGGAUGCUGUCAACCGUGCCAGACGCCCUUUAGCCAAGCCCAUCAAGCCCUCAGAUAUUCUCAAUCCUGAGCGGGGUCAUGAAGUUGCCAAGGAACUGGGGGUGCCAUACUAUGAGACCAGUAUUGUGGCACAGUACGGGGUGAAGGAUGUCUUUGACAAUGCUAUUCGCGCUGCCCUCAUUUCACGUCGCCAUCUUCAAUUCUGGAAAUCCCACCUGAAAAAAGUUCAGCGCCCUCUACUCCAGGCACCCUUUCUGCCCCCGCGUCCUCCUCGUCCGAUAGUAAGCAUCCCUGAUCCCCCCGUGAUUGAUGGAGAGGGCCCUGACUCCCUCUUCUGCCAGCCCCUGUGUGCUGACGUGCUCUUUCUCCUGGAGGGUGGCACCACACGUGUGUUUGCCCACAAGGUCUACCUGGCCACCUCCUGCUCCAAAUUCUAUGAUCUCUUUACCAUGGACUUUGGGGUUAUGGGGUCCGCUCAAGGUAACUUUGAGGUCAAAGAUGGAGAGGAGGAGGAGGAAGAGGAGGAACAGAUGCGGAGGGGUGCAAAGGAGCAGGCUGGACGCACCAAGAGCCUUGAUAUUGACAAGGAUGCAGAGGAUGACUUUCGUGAGCCUAGGCGCCCUUUCCUGCUUCAGCAGGCAUCGUUGAGGCCCUCCCAGAGUGAUAACGCUAUUCCAUCCCGGAGCCAUUGUGGAGCGGGGUCCUUUGGAGCAAGCCGCACCCUUUUAGGAUGGGGACGGGGCUUUCUCAGUGUGUCCAUGGAACAUGUGCUGGACCCUAAGACUGGGCGACCGAGACUCAUGACUGUGGUGUCUAUGGAUGGCUUGAUUCAGAAAGAGCCCUUCCAGGCGGUCCUCCAGUACCUGUACACAGGGAACCUUGAUGAAAACCGGGGGGAUCUGAAGCAGGUGGCCACCAUUGCGGAGCUGUUGGAGGUGUUUGACCUACGCAUGAUGGUGGCUAACGUGCUCAAUCGUGAGAGCUUCAUGAACCAAGAAAUCACCAAGGCUUUUCAUGUUCGACGGGCCAACCGUAUCAAGGAGUGCCUCAACAAGGGCACAUUUGCUGAUGUUGUUUUUCGAUUGGAUGAUGGAUAUCUCCCCGCCCAUAAACCCCUGCUGAUCUCCAGCUGUGAUUGGAUGGCAGCCAUGUUUCGUGGGUCCUUCAUGGAGAGCUACAGCAAGGAGGUGUCCAUCCCUAACACCAGCAGUGCCUGCAUGCGUGCCGUGUUGGAGUACCUGUACUGUGGCCUGCUCAUGCCCAGCCCUGACCUGCAGCCUGUGGAGCUCAUUGUGCUGGCCAACCGACUUUGCCUGCCCCGUCUUGUGGCCCUUACAGAGCAGCACGCAGUUGAGGAGCUGCUGCAGUGGGCAGCCGGUGAAGAGGACAUUGAUGGACAGGUGCUCACCUACUUGGAAAUGGCUCAGUUCCACAAUGCCAAACAGCUGUCCUCAUGGUGUCUCCACCAUAUCUGUACUAACUACAACAGUGUUUGUCGCAAGUUCCCCAAAGAAAUGAAGGCCAUGUCUGCAGACAACCAGAGGCAUUUUGAGAAGCACCGCUGGCCCCCUGUGUGGUUCCUGAAGGAGGAGGACCGCUACCUGCGCUCCCUAAAGGAGAGGGAGCGAGAGGAGGAGAUGCUACGCAAGCAACACACCAAGCGUGGCUGGUGUUUCUGGAGACGCUCGUCGUCCUCCUCACCCCACGUGUCCUGACACUCUGGCCCUCUCAUUCCGGAGAGUCUCCCUCAUUCUUCCUGCUCUGAGCCUCUUUCUUUUGGCCUGAGCAUACCCUGUCCCACAUCUGAAUUCAUGUGGGUGCCCAGGUUGCCAUCAGAAACCAUGCUGUGUCUAGAUCAGCCCAAGGGGCUACUCGCUAAUCCAGUCUUCUCUUCACGACAGCUGCCCAGCAGUGCCCAGCAGAAUCCUGGGAGUCUGUCGCAAGGUUUGGGCUUAAAAGCCACAGAUCGAUGGAGUGAUGUGAAGAUGCUGUUGCGAUUUUAUGUCAUCUCACACCAAGGUUUUUGGAAUUCAUAACCAGGGAUGAAACACAUUUUUUAAAACCUUUUUGUAGUGACAAUGACUCUAUUCACAUCCUUUUCCUACCUGCAGUAUUCCUGAUUGGUUUUCCCUCCUUCAUAUUUUCUUAAUGUUUUGUUUUUCAGAUACAAAAUGCCUGAAAUACUUUAGCCAGGGCCUGCAUGUCAGUUUCUGAGUGGACCUCCGAGAGCAAGGGCUCAUGGUAUUGAAGUUGAUGACGGUGUAAAAAGACUGAGAGGUUAAGGGGGAUGGCACAAACUUGGCCUGUAGCAGCAACAUGAUAGGUUGCCAGUAUGUGGCAAUCCAGAGAAUACACCAAAGGACUCCCUACAGAAGGGGGUAAAAAACAGUACUAUUAAUAUACCAGCUAACCUAAUGAGAUUUUAAAGAUUGGCAGUGUUUGCAGAAAGUGUGAAGACAGUCUACCCUUGCACUCUACUUCCACCAUAUUCUCCAGAGAAGCUGCCAUUCUGGGGAAGAUGCAGACUUCCAGGAACUGUCUGCCUUAAUUUUGUGUUGAGAAUUCUGUUUUCAUUCUUGAGUGUUGGAAUCAGUUUAAAUCAGCUAGCAAAAAGAGUCUAUCGACUACAGACAGCUAACACUUUGGGGCUGAUUUUUGUUGUAUUUCCAUCAAAUAAUAUUUUUUGCCGCCAUGCAUUUCUGUGCAGCCACAGGAAAAAAGCUGCAAGGGUUUUCUCUAACAAAGCACAAUGAAACAGUUAACAUGUAAUCCUGCUCCUCAUCGACAUUGCCGCCCUUCACUUUUCUUUUUCUCUCAGCUGGAAAAAGCACAGGAGAUGUGGUGACAGAUGGAAGCAGGGGACAAGUUCUAUAGACAGCCUUACUCUGGCAAACAUAGCUGAGAUGAACUGGCUGUUUUACACGGAUGGAUUCCCAUUUCUUAGCAUCUAGUAAAGCAGCUUGUUGUUUUUUAAAUGCAGCUUUGGGAUGGGCCAUUUGAAGCUAACACAGGUCAAAUCCCUCCUCACAGCCCAAAAUUUAGAAAUGUUACAUUAGCAUAUCAGAAUUGAUAUAGUAGGUGCACACCACUAAGACAAGAGUAAUUUUUUCGUACGUAUCGGCUUACCACCAAUUUGUACAAGGUCAUUAUCUUCACAGUGGUCAGUAUUGUUGUAUAAGUACUAGUAGUAAAUGUCUCAUUUUGGUAAAGACAUGCUUUUACUAAGUCCUGGUGAUAUUGUAGUGUCUUGAGUAUGAAAUGACUAUGAGAACUUCAGUAUUUGUAGUGAAGGUAUUAAAUGCCUAGUAAUGUGUGGAGUUUGACAGUGCAAGGUGACCAGUGAAAUGUAGUAAGUCAUUUCAGUGUGCUGGCUGUGCUUCCAGCAUGAAGUAGAUGUUGAAAAAUCUAAUCUAAAACCUACAUUUAUCAGAGGUUGGAAAGGGUUUUCGGAACGUAAUUGUUGGUCUUGUCCAGUGUUUUCUCAGCUUUUGGAAAAUGUUCAAAGAAAAAUUACACAGAAGCAAAGGAUGACAGUCAGUCUUUACAAGAUUGGGAUGAUAUUCAUUUGGUGUAAACGGCAAUAUCUAGAAAUGCAAUACAAUGCAAAUAAACAAUCACUGGGGCUAUGCUGAAAUACAGCAAACAUUUUAAACUUGUGCUCUGUUAUCCUCUAGCAAGGGCAUGGGGCACUUCAGUUAAAAUUUCAUAAGUUUAAUUUUAUAAUAGGUCCAUUACAGAUGCCUUGAAAUUGAGCACUUGUAAUGUUAUAGAAUUUCUUAUUAUUUUUUGUGCAAUACAUCAAAGGUGGUGUCACGCAUGCAGUGUGAUAAGUGUUUUCAGAGCUUUAAAAAAGUUGCAGUCUUUGAUGGAAUUGAUGGCGUUUACUCAGUGUGGGUUUUGCAUUUGUGCUGGCAGUUUUACACUGUUUUACUCCAGGUCAGGCAGAGAUGGUUUAGCAGGUGAAAUGUAUGGUUUGACCGGUUUCAGUUAAGGGGUGUUUGUGGCAUGACCUUGGAUUGUGGCUCUUAACAUAGCACUCCCAUCUUUUUCAUGUGUUAUUCCCAGUUGGAAAGUGCAUUUGCUAGCUUUUGAAUUCAAGUAAUAACUUAUCAUACCAAUGGCAGUUUUCUGGAGGUGAUAUGUCAAGAGCAUAAUUUACACUUUAUACAUGGUAUAUAACAGUCUAUGGACUUAUUUUGUCCAUUUAUUGUCCUGCUAUUUAGAAUUAAUGAUAAUUGUAAUGUGGGCCUUCUUUUGAGAUAUAUGCAUAGAAGGUAGCAGAACAGGAUACAUAAACAGUCCCAUUAUUUUAAUAGUUCUUUGUGUCAUUUGCUGAAGUGGCAGAGGGUCAAGUUUUAAGAAGGAAUAUUAAUUCUGGUUAGUUGUUAAUGAAGUAGAUGUCUUUGUGAAGCCCAGAUCCAGCUGUAAUGAGAACAAAAGAUGGACAUAGAUUAGAUUAGAAUUUUGAGUUUAUGGUCUGCUGUUUGGGCUCAAGGAGCAUGCAUCUGGCAUGAGAGUCAGCUUUGCUUCAGACUGUGUUGAAGUGAGUGUUAUGGCUAAGAGUAUCUGGGAUGUUGUCUGGAAUAAGUUGGCAACUGACGGUGUUAUCAAUCACAGCCUUUUCUGGUUAAUCUAUGUCAGUCUUUCUGUUGUUGGUCUUCUAGAAACUUUCAGAUUCUAUUUAUUAAUUUAACAAGCACUUUAACAGUUGGUUGUCUCUUUCUACAAUUUUGGAUUAGCAACAAAUUCACCUUUUCUUCCUGGUCUAUCUGAUUCAAAGACAGGGGAUGCAGCACGUGUUAAUGUAUUCAGAAAACAUUUUGAAUGUGACCUUUUUUCUCCAGUCCAUGGACAUUGAAGGGCUCCCUUUGGGUUCAAGCGCCAUUAUAUCAAAGGUAAUGUGGGAUAAUAAUUAAGUCUUGUACUUUAGAAAAGACUAAACAAUCUGUUCCAAUAAAAUAAGUCAGUGAAAUAUCCCUGUAUAAUUUUCAACCAGCUACACUAGUGAGAAGAUUAGCUAUCUUUUUUUCUGCUGUGAGAACAUUUCUUUUUGAGGAUUUGUUUUAUAUCUUCAUAUAUGUUUACAUUGUGUUUAUAUAUACGUAUACAUUGGUUGUAGUUUAUUAUUCUUGAAUUGCUUAUGAAGGGGGACCCUGCCCUUUCCUGUAGCAGUGAGUACUGCUAUGUACAUCAGCUGUGAUUUUCCCAAGUAUCUCUUGUGCCUUGUCUCUCACACUGUUGCCUGUCUCUCUGUUGUCCUUCUAGCCCAGAGUUGAAGGAAGGGCCAUGUCCCAACUGCACCAUCUCACCUCCCUCCACACACACACACACACACACACACACACACACACACACACACACACACACACACACACACAAACUGCAACUACUGAUACACAUGACUGGCCCUCUAUCCUCAGUCUCUGUUUGUGGGCGUGUAGCAGCCUGCAUCAUGUGGUCGGUUUGGAUUUGAACGGCCUGCGGAAACCUGUUUCCAUGUGAGCUAUGGUUCUGCUGCCCUCUAAGGGUCAGAGCUGCUCAGGCAUGAACGUACCGCCUGCCUCUGGACUCCGUGCCUGAGCUAUAUGGACUUACACACAAAGUCACAGGCUGUUUCCAACUGUCAUCCUUAAAUCUAGGGUCGUUUCUAGGGUUAGCUCUGUAGUUAAAACCAAGCUACACAAUAGCCGGACACUUAACAGCCUGCAUCAUAACAUUCGGGGCAGGGACAGUGAAGUAACAUGGAGAUGGAGAAACGGGAUGAAGAAACAGAAACCAGUAGACUUAAGGACAUCUUUGAUCAGUGUACAAAAACUUAACCCUAUUCCCUUGGCUUGAAUAUCAAUAAUACCAUACAUGUGUUUGGUUAUGUACAGUGUAAAAUAUAAGCUAAGAUACAGUACUGCCUUAACAUUUACAGGACCAUUGUACUACAAUCUUUCUUCCACUUGUGGAUUCCAGACCAGAAUACACCUUAUUAACAGCAAAUCGAGGGUGUGAAUGUGCGCUUGUUACAGUGCAAACUGAUUAAUCAUUCUUAUUGCGUAGUUAUGGGCAAAACAUUGUUUUUAUAUAACAGUGAAGCCCAUUAGUGGUUUUUUUUUUUUUUUUUUUUUUUUUCUUAUAGUGAUUUGUGAAACGUCUGGACACUGAGUGCCGUGAUCUGGACAGUACAUGUUCGGUUAGGAAACAGUAUAUGCUAAUUGUGGGGUGGCUGAGCUCAUUUUCCUGGUGUAACCUCUGCAUACUUGUGCAUCUUGGAUUUCUCGUUCAGAUGUUGUGUCCAUGUGCGUCGUCCACAUUAAUAAACUGCAACCAUUUUUAAACUGACUGUAGACAAUGAGAAAAAUCACUUUUCCAAGGGCUUUUUGUAGAGUGAUCUGGUGCUUUUGCAAAAGAAAACUUGAAAGUGAAACAGUUGAUAUUUUUUGAACCACUGUGAUUUCUAAAACAAA